AUGAUUCCACCUGGGGACUGCUUAUAUGCUGGGAGGAAGAGAAGGAAGCCCAUCCAAAAACAAAAACAGACAGCGGCCAGCCAGAAGACCAACCCGUCUAAGAGGCACCGUGACCGUCUGAAUGCAGAGCUGGAGCGGUUGGCCAGUCUCCUACCCUUCACCCCAGACAUCAUCUCCAAACUGGACAAGCUCUCAGUGCUCCGCCUCAGCGUCAGCUACCUCCGGGUCAAAAGCUUCUUUCAAGCCAUCCAGGAGAAGCCAUGCAGAAAGCACAUCAUGGAGUCGCCUGUGAACCACCAGGAUACCAGGAAAGGGAGCCUGUCCAUGGGGACCCCGGGGACCAGCAGCAGCGUGGUGGAGAGUGACCUCUUACUGGAGUCCCUGACUGGGUUUGCCUUGGUGGUGAGCACAGAUGGGUUGAUCUUCUACACCUCCACCUCCAUUGUUGACUACUUGGGCUUUCAUCAGACGGAUGUGAUGCACCAGAAUGUUUUUGAUUAUAUCCAUGUGGAAGAGCGGCAGGAGUUCAGAAGACAACUCCACUGGGCCAUGAACCCCGGGACCCAGGGGGCCUCCCUGGACCAGCACUCAGCCACAGGAAUUGGUGAUGACUUUGUGAUGAGCAGUCUCUUCCAUGCCCAGGAGCCUGACGGUGUUCCUCUAGAGCGCACCUCCUUCCUCACGCGCUGUUUCAUUUCCCGAGUCCGUUGCUUGCUGGACAGCACCUCAGGCUUCCUGAGCAUGCAGUUCCAGGGCAGCCUGAAGUUCCUGCAGGGCCAGAAGCAAAAGACAGACUCCGGGGCACUGCUGCCCCCCCAGCUGGCCCUGUUCUGUGUGGCCGUGCCCCUCAUGAUUCCCUCCAUCACAGAGCCGAAGAUGAAGAGCACGACGAUCAGGAACAAGAACAAGGGCCCCGUCAUCCCCACACCAGAUAAGCACAGUGACAAGAGGCAUCGAAACACCAGAGGUUCAUGUGACAGCAGUGACGUAUUGCUUCUGAAUUGGUCCAGCAGCUCCAGCAGAGACCCUUGCCACUAUAGCCCAUGGACACCCCUCUCCAAAGACGGCAUCAGGUAUAGGAACAAUGGUUACUACACCCAGGAGGAGCCCAUCAACUUCUGCCUGUCUUCCAUGGGUGGUGGGCCCAAAGCUCAGAGCGUUAAUCAUCCAUGGGACAUCCGCACCGGGUCCACCAUAAGAAAGGGCCCCAGCAGCAGCUACAUACCAUGCAGACAAGGCAAGUACAACAACCUGGGGAAGUCUGGACCUUACAGGAUGUCUCCAGGAUAUCACGCUAAAAGACAGGAUGCCUCUCAGAACAAACUGUACGGAGGCCUCCACAGCCCAGAGGCGGAGAGCUUCUGUGAGGACGGCAUGAAGGCAGACAACAACUACAUGGGCGGCCAUCUUGACUGUUACAAUGGCAUGGUGUUGCCUGAGACAGCCAUAAAGACAGAGCAGGACUCUGACUCUGAGAACGGUUGCAACAUCUACAGCAUGCCCCACAACCUAGCCUGGGUGGGGAAUGAGAAGCGCUACAGCAUGGCCUACUCAGAAGAACCACAGGUGAAGUCGGAGGCUGACUACCAUGACCAAUACACCACCUGCCAAAGGAACAAGACCAACAUGAGCCCAACGCUCAACGGAUACCACAAAUACUUAUACCCAGUGGGGAGCAGGGCUCAGAAGGAUCAUAGGAUACCUCACUCAGACCCUCUGUGUAGCAGUCAGGGAGCAAACUGUAUGGUCAGCAAUGUGUAUGGGAAUGGUACUGUGGAGCAUAAAGGCUACAUACAGCAAGACAACAAACUGAACUACGAGUUCAGGAAUCAUCUGGUCCACUCUAUAAAGAGGGAACCCAUGGACUCACCUCCUUGGUCAGACAAUGGACAUGACAUUAGCCAAAUACCCAUGCAGAGAAAUAUGAUUCACAACUGUGCAUUGAAUGAUAUUGUACACAAACCAAACCCAUAUAUCUACAUGCAAUGAGGUCAAUGGAAAAUCUCAUAAACCAUCUGGGCACCACCUUGCUUCUUUAUUGUAUUGAUGCAUAAUAUGGCAGGGUGGGUAGUUAUUUAAUCUCAGGUAAUCAGCAGUGUUACAAAGCAAAAAUAUAUGGAAGCAAAGACAGGUGUUUUAAUAAGGACUUUGUACAUAAGACACACAAGAUAAAUAUAACUUUUUUUCAGAUUUACAGGACCAGUCAAAAGUUUGGACACCUACUAAUUCCAUGGUUUUUCUUUAUUUUUUACAUUGUAGAAUAAUAGUGAGGACAUCAAAACUA